AUGUGCGUUGCUGUUCAUGGUUCCAAAUUAGCCUGCUAUAUCGGAACGCAGGGAGUUACGAAGAACCUGCAGGAAAGAGUUGCACCGGAUGGAUAUUUUUGUACGUUCACGGUGGACUCUCCGUGUAAUUUCAAGAGUACUUAUAGAUAUGAGAUGAAGCCCAGCGAUAAACAAAAGGAUUUCUGCGACACUAAACCACCAUUAACGUGCUAUUGUAAUCAAAGGCCUUUCUGUAACGUGGAUUACCGGAGAAUGAAGCAUGUCUGGGACAAAGACGCAGCAAAAGUAUCUAACAGGUCAAUAAGAGUAUGCAUGGAAAAUUUUUUGAACAAAAGAAUACUUCACACUCACAAAGCCGCCAGGUAUCUGUUCUCGCCGCCUGGAAUUCGUUAA